AUGGAAACCUCACCGAAAGCAAGUCUUUCGCCCUUACCACCCCCGUCCUUCACAUCGGCCGCCUCAAGUCCCCGGAAACGAUCGAUCCACGAAGUCGAUGGCGUGACUCUUCCAUCCGUUGGGCCCAAGCGGGCGUUAACUACCUUCACGGAGAACAACCAAGAAAACGACGACCCUGCAUUGACGCUGCAAAAGGACUCACAUUCAUUACAAGAGGGCAAUGUCUCUGCUUCCAUUCGUCCAGUGCCGCAGGUCGUCAUCCCUGCCAGAACUGCCGAUCAAUCGCCCGUUGCUAGAACCGUUGAGACUACGCUCGUUCCAUCUAAUACUGUUGGAGACUCAAACCAAGGAUCUCCUGUCAAGUCUGACCUCAUACCUGCUAAGAAGCGCAAGCUGUCACCAGCUAGUAAGGAGGCUAAAGAGAAACAAAGAUUGGAAGAAAAAGCCAAGAAGGAUGAAGAGAAGCGUCUGAAGGACGAGGAGAAGCGUCUAAAGGACGAGGAGAAGCGUAUCAAGGAUAAGCAAGAGGCGGAACAAAAAGAGGAGAAGAAGAAGCGAGAGACGGAGCAAAAAGAGGAAAAGAAGAAGAAGGAAGCUGAACUAAAAGAGGAAAAGAAGAAGGCGAAGGAAGCUAGAGAGGACGAAAGACGCCGAAAGGAUGAAGCUAAAGAGAAUGAAAAACGACAAAAGGAGGAGGCUAAGCUCAAGAAAGAGAGGGCUCAACCUAAACUCAAUUCGUUCUUUGCGAAGCCUCAAGUCCCCGCCUCGCCAGCAAAGAAGACUUCAGAACCAAAGGCAGCCGCUCUCCAUAAUGAUGCCAUUUCCACUUCUCAGGCUACCCAAUCAGACUACGCAAAGGCGUUUCCAGAUUUUUUCUUGCAGUCACACACGAUUCUUGCACCUCCGCAUCGCUUCGAGCGAGAUGCAGAUGCAUUGGCCCAUGUUCGAUCCACAAUUGACAGUUCUUUGAACCCUGGCGGCAGCGCGCAAGACCUCCCGCCCUUUCGUCCUUCCGAAGUCUUCAACAUUAUCCCAUACCAAAGGAGAUGUGGUCGUCAAGCUCAGUCCGUCAAAGACAUCCUACAGUUAUUACAUUCUUAUGACGAUGUGGCCAAUCAACCGCAUCUUGCAUCAAAAUCAGCGAAAUCUAACCUAAGCCGCAUACCCAUGAAGUCGCUGAAGUUCGGCGAGGAUGUUCGACCGGCCUAUCAGGGUACAUUCACACGAGCAGUGCCGCGGGAUUCGGCAUACAAGGUCUCUCGCAACCCUUACCGUCGUGAUCUACCUGAAACCAACUAUGAUUAUGAUUCGGAGGCCGAAUGGGAAGAACCGGAAGAGGGAGAAGAUUUGGAUUCUGAAGAGGAAGAAGAAGCCAGUGAUGAAGGCGAGGAUGAUAUGGACGAAUUUUUAGAUGACGAGGAUGAUGCAUUGAAAGAGAAUAAGCGGCGCUUGAUUGUUGGUGAUCUUGAACCCAAUAAUACUGGGAUUCGGUGGGCGACGGACGGUGUUGAUGAGGAACUGAAAGGCUACAAGAUGGAAGUAAUUUCGGAUGCUGUCAAGUUUCCGAUUGAUCCAUUUUCUACUGCAUAUUGGCAAAAGCCCCGGGCAGCCGACCAGGUGACCAAGGCGCGGGUGACCCAGAAGCCGACGAGUGGCUCUCUUGACGUGUUCCGGGUGCCAACCAGUACUGAUGCAGCUGUGCCUGCCAGUGCGCUGCCCCCGCCACCAACGUUCAAGGCCAAACGCCCAUUCCCACCCGAACAAUUAUCGGAGUUCAAAGAGGCAGUCGAGGGAAGCGACUUGAGUAAGAUUGGACUUGUUGAGAUACUUAAAAAGCGAUUCCCCAAGGUCUCAAAAGACACCUUGAAGGCCACGCUGGACCAAGUUGCGGCCCGCGUGGGCCAAAAGGAGGUAGACAAGAAGUGGGUUUGUCGAUGA